CCACCAUGGCGGUAACACUGACUAAAAUCCUCUGCUUCGCCUUCCUGAAUCUGGGGAUGGUGGUUAAAGCAGACAUACGCAUGUCAGCAGACGAUUACUUGAACAUGUGUAUUAGCGUACCAAACGAGUAUAGCAAGUCAAGGCCGUCGCCUGAACCGGGUCUGGAGUGCACUCGUUACCGAGACAGUUCCUGCUGCAGGCCAAAUAUGACCACAAGUUUCCUAGAAGACCAUCAGUGGAUGAACAUGACGGAUUAUGGUCACUGUCCACAGAAACCGCGUCUGUCACCGGAGUGUGAAAGAUUGAACCAUGAUGAAGUGUGCUUUUAUGCUUGUUCACCCCACUCCGGGCCAUGGAUUGUGAUAGGGAACGGAUACCCGUAUAGUCACCGUUUGAAGAAUCUCCCAUUGUGUGCCAGCCAGUGUGACAAAUGGUGGAACGCUUGCAAGGAGGAAUACACGUGUCACAGAAACUGGUUAACCGACCCUGCCUGGGACGCUAAUGGUAUGAACAUUUGCCCAAAGGACGCGGUGUGUAGGAAAUACACUGAGAUGUACACGUCAGCUGCUGAUUUCUGCAACACCAUAUGGGAUGGCGGAUAUCACGUGGUACCAGACACCGAAUCCUGCAUGGAGUUUAGUUUCGAUCCAGCAAAACCAAAUCCGAACAUCCCUGUGUCUCGAGCCGCUGCCGAGAAAAAGGCAGCUGUGUCUGGGACUUCCGGACUCAAGAUGUAUCUCCCGUCAGGGCUUUUUGUUCUCUUUACGCUGUUCUUACUGUACACUGCCCCUCCACUGUUUUAGUUGUACAGUGUGUCUACCUGUAUUAUAUAGCAUUUUUGGAUUUAAAAGUCUUUUUCGCUUUAAUCUUUAUUUUAUGAGUUUUUGAAUGACAUAUUUAAUCAAUGAACAUUGAAAUUAAACUUUUGUAGUUGAAAAGCGUAUAUCUGCAGGUUAAUUUUACUAUGACAACAACCAAUGGUCGAAAGGGAACAAUUUGCUUAUUGUUUCAUUUCUGUUUUCACAGAAUAUUUGUUAACGAAAAUCACCUCUGUCACUCGGACUGUUACGAUUGUAGCUGAGAGUAACGCAUCUAACGUGGCCCAAAAGUUAUAUUUCCAUGUUCCUUUUGUUGAUCUAUUUCCGACUGUUUCAUGUCAGUGGACGUUUAUUUUGAAGGUUUCACUCUAUAUAUUGUGCUUUAACAUUUUAUGCAUGUCAGCGUUUGGAUAUGUAAGUUAAU